UGCAGAGGAGGGAGUGGAACCAACACAAACACCAGAUCUGUUUACAGCCUGUACGGAGUCUGUGACCAACAGCGAUAUGGCUGAUGCCGGUCAUGUCCGAUCUGCAGAUCAGUUCCUGUGUUCCAUCUGUCUGAAUGUCUUCACUGAUCCAGUCACAAUACCAUGUGGACACAACUUCUGCAAACCCUGCGUCUCUGAACACUGGGAUAAUAAAGAAAACUACCAAUGUCCCUUGUGUCAAAAAGCUUUUGACCCAAAACCUGAGCUGUACAUCAAUACGUUCAUCUCAGAGAUGGUGGCUCAGUUCAGACAUGAAGCUCAACAUGAACCAAACAUCUGCAGCUCAGACCAACAAACUGUUAAACCAGGAGAAGUUCCCUGUGACGUCUGCACUGGACCCAAACUGAAGGCCCUGAAGUCCUGCCUGGUGUGUCUGAUCUCCUACUGUCAGACUCAUUUGGAACCUCAUCUGACUGUUCCAGGACUGAAACGACAUCAGCUGAUCCACCCUGUGGAGAACCUGGAGGACAGGAUGUGUAGGAAACAUGAGAAACCUCUGGAGCUGUUCUGUAAAACCGACCACACAUGUAUCUGUCAACACUGCACCUACUCAGACCACAAAGGUCAUGACGUUACUCCUCUGAAAGACGAAUAUGAAGAACAGAAGGCAGAGCUGAAGAAGACAGAGGCUGAACUUCAGCAGAUGAUCCAGGAGAGACGACUGAAGAUCCAGGAGAUCCAACGGUCAGUGGAGCUCAGUAAGAACGCUGCAGACACAGAGACAGCAGAAGGUGUGCAGGUCUUGACUGGUCUGAUGGAGUCUGUUCAGAGAGGUCUGGACCAGUUCAAAGAGAAGAUCCAAGAAAAGCAGAAGAGCACCGAGAAACAGGCUGAAGACUUCAUCAAAGAGCUAGAACAGGAAAUCUGUGAGCUGGAGAAGAGAAGCACUGAGGUGGAGCAGCUGUCAGGCUCUGAAGACCACCUCCAGUUUGUCCAGAGGUUCACAUGUGUCAAAGCUGCUCCAGCCAUGAAGACCUGGACCAAGGUCAACAUCUGUCCACCAUCAUAUGAGGGGAGUGUGGAGAGAGCUGUGUCUGAGCUGGAGGACCAACUCAGAGAAGAGAAGAAGAAACAGAGGAAGAAGAUGGCUGAAGCUGAGCUGAAGAGAGUCCAACAGUAUGAGGUGGAUCUGACUCUGGAUCCAGAUACAGCACAUCCUGACCUCAUCCUGUCUGAUGAUGGAAAACAGGUUCAUCAUUGUGAUGUGAAGAAGAACCUUCCAGACAAACCACAGAGAUUCUCUCAUUGUCAUUGCACCUUAGCGAAGCAGAGUUUCUCUUCAGGCAGGUUUUACUUCGAGGUUCAGGUCAAAGGAAAGACUGAAUGGACUUUAGGAGUGGCCAGAGAGUCCAUCUGCAGGAAAGGAUGGAUCAUCUAUAAACCUCAGGACGGAUGCUGGACCAUCAGUUGGAGUCAUGGAAACAACUACAGCGUUUUAUCUGACCCUUUUGUCCGUCUGUCUGUGAAGUGUGGUCCUCAGAAGGUGGGGGUGUUUGUGGAUUAUGAGGAGGGUCUGGUCUCCUUUUAUGACGUAGAUUCUUCAGGUCUCAUCUACUCCUUCACUGGCUGCCGCUUCAAUGAUAAACUCCUCCCACUCUUCGAUCCAGGUCUGAAUUUUACAGGAAACUCUGCUCCUCUGAUCAUCACUCCUGUUGACACUGAGUAAGAACUUCAUCAAAUGGACAGAUUUUCGUUGCUUCAGUACCGUCAGUAUACUUAGUGACAAUGUCAGCUGUUUGAACGUGUAUUCAUCUGUAUUCAAAUGAACUUCAACACUAAUGCCACGUUUCUACUGCGCGGUACUGUCUUGACCCGGCUCGGCCUUUUUGUGUUUCCAUUAUGAAAAAGGACCUGGAAUCUGGUACCUGGUACCUGGUACUAGUUUUUGGUAUCACCUCCGCCGAGGUUCUAAGCGAUACUAAACC